AUGGUGGGGGUCCCAGGAAUCUCGCCUACCCUGCUGAUUCUUGUCACCAUCUGUAUUCAUGGAGUCCUGCUUCAGUCACCGCCAAGGACAGGGGAGCAAAGAAAGCCGUUCUUUGAAAGGUUUAGAAGACUUGAAGAGCAGUUCCGUCGGUUUCAGGAGGUCACCCUGAUGCGCCUCCAGGAGAUCGCCGGGAACUACAACAUCUCCUACAACAUCGACGCCCGGUUUGAGCACCUGCUAAGCCGGCAUGGCACUCUGGAGUCUGCUGCCAACGAGACUCACGCAGCAACAGCCGAGGAGCUGGACCACUUGAAAACCUGGAUGCGGAAACUGCAAAAUAAGACCAAGAAGAUAGACCUGAGGGUCGUGGCCCUGGAAGAAUCCUCACGUGAGAAGAUCCGAGAAAGCUCCGCGGAGAAGCAGCAGCAGAGCGCGCUCCUGUCCAGUUUGACCCAAGAAGCCUCCGACCAUAAAGAGGAUGCUCAGGCCCUGCGUGCCAGCCAGGCAACCCUGCAGAAAGCCCUGGAGAGCCUCCAAGAUGCCCUGAAAAGCCAGGGCACCAAGCUGGACCAGCUGGAGCAGCUGCUGAAGAGUCCUGUGCAGAAUGAGGUCCUCCUGCCCGCCCCUCUGGCUGCUGCUCAUCUCCUGAGCCAGCCUCCCCAAGAGAAGGCCCCAGAGGCCGCUGGUGGACAGAAUCCGACCCGGAAGAAGCUGCGGGUCAAGCAUCAGCAAGGGAAGAAGCUGCAGCAGGAGAGCAGCCGGCUCGUGGCCCAGUCCCAGCGGAGAGGGCUGCAGAGCGGAUCCCUGCCGGGGCAGAUGGUGCCCCAGCAGGAGACUGGACCAGAGACUGGGCCAUCUCCACCGGAGCCACAGGCGCUCAGGCAGCAGCACUCAGUCAUGGACAAAGCCUCGGAGGAGCAGGAGGGGGCCCAAGUUCCCCGGAAGCCGGGGACAAUCUGCAACGUGGGCGCCAUGCUGGUCUUCCCCAAUGCUUCCACGGAGAACUUUGCCACCUUCAAGCCUGGCUUCCCCACCGGCCUGCUUGAGCUGAGCCUCUGCAGUUGGGUGAGCACCAACGCCAGCUACCUGGGCACCAUCCUAUCCUAUGCCACCGAGGAGAACGACAACAAACUGGUGCUGCACGGCCGGGACGCCGCCCCCAGGAAUGCCAUCCACUUCGUCAUCGGCGACCCCGCCUUCCGGGAGCUGCCGGUGGGACGCCUACUGGAUGGCCGGUGGCACCACAUGUGCGUCAUCUGGUCUUCCAUCCAAGGGCGAUACUGGUUCUACGUGGACCGAAGGCUGGCUUCCAUGGGCUCCAGGUUCCAGAAGGGCUAUGAGAUCCCCCCCAGGGGGUCUCUCAUCCUGGGUCAGGAGCAAGACACGAUUGGCGGGGGAUUUGAAACGUCGGAAGCGUUUGUGGGGCUCCUUGCCGGCUUCGCCGUGUGGGAUCGCGCCUUGUCGCCGGGGGAAGUCUCCGGCAUUGCCACCGGAAAAGGCUUGCCCCGAGGCCCAGUCCUCACGCUGGCCAACAUCUCCGUUCUGAACGGAUCCGUGCAGAAGGUGGACUGUACUUGCCUGGAGCACUGUCUGUAAAUCUGCCCAAGGAAUGUCCAUGUACCCGUGGUUCAUAGGCGACGAGAAUAAGCUCAAGCGACCUCUUCUGGAAUACAGCCCCGGCAAAGAUCCGGCUGAGGCCACCCUAGACU